CGAUCCAAGCAUCCACGACACGUCCCCAACUCCAACCACUGUCGCUCAUCUGCUACGGCGCCAUAUCUGCUGCGAGGACUCUAUUUCUCAACCUUGACAGUGCCACAGGCACCUUCCACUGCGUCCGCAGCCCCCUUUCAUUGCGCGUCUCCCUGUCCGCCUCGCGCCUCACCCACGACUCUACCUCUGCACAAAGGACAAGAACACGCGUCAAGAUGCCGGACUACGCUAAGAUGAAGAAUGCGGAGCUUGAGGCGCUCCUCAAGGACCGCGGCCUGCCGACCGGCGGCAAGAAGUCGGACAUGGCCGAGCGUCUCACCAAGGACGACGAGAAGAGGGCCGAACUAGCCGCCCCCGCACCCUCCAAGCUGAGUGCCGAGGACGAGAUUGAUUGGGAUGACGAUGAAGCCCCGGCUGAAGCUGCCAAAGCCGCGCCUGCAGUGUCGUCUGAGAAGAAAGAAACUGCGACCAUCGCUCCCGCCGCGACCACUGAGCCAGACAUCACCGCCAAAGCGGGUGGUAAAGGGCAGCCGCCUAACCCGCAAGCUGUCCCCAACCAAGUCGCCGACAUCGAUCCAUCCAAGACCGACGACCUAUCUGUGAAGCCGCCCGCUGAAGACAAAGAGCCCAGCGCGGGACCCAAAGCCGAAGACAAGAAGGAGCCCGCUCCGGACUACACCAAGGGUCUUGCUGCGACCAACAUUGACGAGGAGAUCGAGAAGCGCAAGGCUCGUGCAAAGAAGUUUGGCUUGAACAUCGAGGAAGACGAGGGUCUCAAGAAGCUGGAACGAAUGAAGAAGUUCGGAGAGACAGGUCCGCCGAAGGGACUGGACGAGGCUCUUCCAGAGCGGCGAAAGCGUGGGCGGGAAGAAAACGAUGAUAAUGACAGGAACAAGCGUCGUGGUGGAGGCAGGUUUACAGCACGCCGCGGACGCGGAAACCGAGACGGAGACAGGAGGCGGGACAAUAGGGACAUCAGGGACCCCAGAGAUAGCAGGGACAGCAGGGAUAGCAGGAGACAAGACAGGGGCAACGCGGAUGGUGGUGGUGCCGCCGCCUGGAUGACUGCGGAUGAUCGCCGAAAAGCCGACGAGCGGAAGGCGAAAUGGGCCAAACCGGCAGCUUGAAGAUCGGCGUGCGCAAUACUUCAAGCCCAGCUUGGAAGGCUACACAAUGUUAAGAGCCAGGAACAUCUCCUUCGAUCGGCGCGUCGGCGUAAGGCGGGAACGACGAGCUCUAUGUACACCACAUUUCUUACGAUCGGUUUUGGACGAGAUUGCCAAACUCGUUCGGUCAUUCUUCCAUACAAGUCUCCAGGAUAAUUGCAAUUGAAUCUUCCAUCCACGCGUUCACCGUCAAUUUCUGUGCGGCUCCUGCACCGUCCAGUUCGUCCCGCAUCGUUAUCGCCUUCUUGAUUACCGAGAUAUGUGUUGGAAGGCUGCGGCCGUUCGACUCUUGAAUAUCCGUCCCGUUACGCAAUCCCGAACUUCUUGCAGGAUGAUCCUUAUCACCCGGAUCCGCGGCUGAGACCACUUCGAAAGUCAAGUUUGUCAUAUGCUAGGCCAAAUUUUACUAGGACCAUACGGGAUUCUCUCUCCUGCAGAGCAAGCCGAAACAGCCUGUCCCG